AUGGAAAACACACCAUCACAAUCUCUAUAUAUUCUCGUCUCCCCCAACCUUAAUACCAUCCGUAUUAUUCGACUUGGAUCGAUUGCGCAAGUACCACCUCGCCCAGAAUAUAUAGUUAAGGAAAUUCGCGAAACUCAGAACCGCCAACAUCCAAUAGAACAAAUCCAAUCUGUCCUUAUUCAAAUAGAAUCCGAACGAGUACGAACAAUAGGUGAUAGCUGUCAGGAAUGCUUGCAUGCCUCUCAACGACUGCUUGUAGAAAAACUCGAUCAACCCGACUGCAGUAAACAUCUCAGAAACCCCGAAUAUCAGAAAUUGAGGCAUAGUCUCGUUCGACUGGACUGCCGCCUGGCGCCUCUUAUUCUCCAUAAGAGCCGCAGAGACCAUGGAGAAGGUGGCCAGGACAAGGCCAGCGCCAAUCCGGUGGAGUGGGGGCAAACCAGAGUCAUGGCCCGUGAUGCGGCGGGCAAAGGGUACAAAGAAGGUGUCGUACAAUGGGACGAUGAAGAUGAGCAUGAGGUAAGGGAUGGCUUGGAGGGAGGCCGGGGGAAUGUGGAAGGAUUUGGUGACGCGGGUCUGGAGUUGAGCCAGUAUGGUGUUGAACACGAUUGUGCAAGCGAAUAUGGGCAUGAUCAAGAUGAGUAUCUUGACUCGCUCGACUUGGGCCAUGGUGCAAAGUGUCCAAGGGCUCUCAGCCUUGUCGGCCGCAGUCUUGAUACAGGCCUUGUUCAGGAAUCUAUGGAAAAAUUUGAUAUUGAGUUGAAGCUCGGAAGUUGUUUCAGUGAAGGAGUUGUCGGUAUUUGGCUCCUUGGUGGUGUUGUAUCCAUUAAGCAUCCGAGGAUCGGAUGGACAAACUUGAUUUCUCUUCGCAAUUGCAGCCACAACCACCUAACAGAGGAAAAA